ACCUCCAAGACGACAGGUGGCGCCGUGUUUCUAAGCGUCCUCAACGCUUACCAGAAGAAGAGGAAUGAAGACUCGCCCCGGGGUCACGUGACGCCUCGCUACCGCGUUUGACCGAUGCCAUGUUUGCCGUUUGCGUCAAAAGCAUCAAAGAGGGCCGCGCUUUUCCUUUGUGCCGAUGCGCUGUCGUGGCGGCGCGGCGGUGGCUCCGACGGCCGCAGUGGCGCUGCUGGUGGAGGGCCCGCGGCCGGCAGACGAAGUUCUCGACGACUGGAGGAGCGGCACUAGGGGCGGCUGAGCGAGGCCUUGUGCAAGUCACGUGACCAGCAUGCGGCGGAGAGCUUGAUUGGGGGAAACAAAAAAAAAAAAAAAAAAAAAGAAGAUGGCGUGAGCCAGCACAGGACAACAAGCGAACGAGCGCUGCACGGCGCCCUCAUUGCGGACCCACAGCGUCCCGUCUACCGCCCCUCAAAUGGAUCCCGGACAGGAUUUACUUCUCACUGCUCUCAGCGAGAGCGGCAUUUGCCCAAACGACAUCGGACUGUUUGAUGUCGAUUCUCAGGAUGUCGCACAUCCCUCCACAACUCAGCAAUCUAUCUCAAUCAGCGCCCUGGACGUCGGCUUGGGAACAGAGUCCGGGGAACUUGUCCGAACCGAGUCGCCAUCUCCAGGCCCCGUUGUGACUAUCAGGCAGCACAAACCUCAGCCAUCGACCACCACGUUUGUCUUAAAUCAGCUCAAUCAGCUACCGUCGCUCGGAGCGGCCGUGACCAAGCCGUCAGCCGGCAACCCCGUCAAACACACCAUCACUGUCACUAAGGUGGUCCACGUCGCCAAUUCCGCCCUGCGGGGCUCAUCCACGCCCACCUCCACGAGCAACCCCCCCUCAGUGUCCACAGCUGUGCCUUCAAACCACGACCAGAUCCAGUUGAAAGACCUCCUCAGGGCAGGCAACGUAAAGAGUUCGGGCCUGAAGGGCAACAGUCUGGUGGAGCUCAUGAAGCUUAAGCCACCGUCGGACAUCGCCACGCCCGUAGCCACCGCCACGGGGCCCAGUGAGAUGAACAAUGGCGUCAAGAAGGAAAACACUGCGGCGAAGGAAAAUGUCGUUAGAACCUGGAAUAACGACGAGCUCAAAAUGCAUGCUUUUUCACAUUCCCUGAACGCACCUGGGAUGAGGGAGGAGGAUGAGCCUGAGGAGGAGGAGGAGGAGGAGUUGGGUCAUGCGGAGACUUAUGCAGAGUACAUGCCAAUGAAGUUGAAAGUUGGCCUGCGGCAUCCCGACCCAGUCGUGGAGACCAGCUCCCUGUCCAGCGUGAGCCCGCCGGACGUGUGGUACCGCCUGUCUAUCCCGGAGGAGGUGAUCGAUCGCGGCUGCCUGUCGGCUCUACAGCUGGAAGCCAUUACGUACGCCGCCCAGCAACACGAGACGUUCCUGCCGAGUGGCGACCGAGCGGCCUACUUGAUCGGCGACGGCGCCGGUGUGGGCAAAGGCCGCACCAUCGCCGGGAUCAUCUAUGAGAACUACCUCCUGGGCAGGAAGCGAUCACUUUGGUUUAGUGUUUCCAAUGACUUGAAGUAUGACGCAGAGCGAGAUUUGAGGGACAUCGGAGCCAAGAACAUUCAGGUCCAUUCCCUGAACAAGUUCAAGUAUGGCAAGAUCUCCUCCAAGCACAACGGCAGCGUAAAGAAAGGUGUCAUCUUCGCCACCUACUCUUCGCUGAUCGGAGAGAGCCAGUCGGGCGGCAAGUACAAGACCAGGUUUGAGCAGCUGCUCCACUGGUGCGGCGAGGACUUUGAUGGCGUCAUUGUCUAUGAUGAGUGUCACAAGGCUAAAAAUGUGUGUCCCAUUGGAUCAUCCAAACCCACAAAAACCGGACUGGCUGUGUUGGAGCUUCAGAACAAACUCCCCAAGGCUCGUGUGGUGUACGCCAGUGCUACAGGUGCUUCGGAACCAAGAAACAUGGCAUAUAUGAACCGCCUGGGCAUCUGGGGUCAUAAAACGCCCUUUAAGGAGUUUGGGAACUUCAUUCAAGCGGUUGAGCGCAGGGGCGUGGGUGCCAUGGAGAUCGUCGCCAUGGAUAUGAAGCUGAGGGGAAUGUACAUCGCGCGGCAGCUGAGUUUCACAGGUGUGACGUUCAAGAUCGAGGAGGUCCCCCUGACUCAGCAAUACAUUCACAUGUACAACAAGUCCGUCAGGCUGUGGGUGAGCGCCCGUGAGAAGUUCCAGCAGGCGGCCAACCUGAUGGACGCUGAGCAGCGCAUGAAGAAGUCCAUGUGGGGCCAGUUCUGGUCAGCCCACCAGAGGUUCUUCAAGUACCUCUGCAUCGCCUCCAAGGUCCGCAGGGUGGUCCAGCUGGCUAGGGAGGAGGUCCAGAACGGAAAAUGCAUUGUGAUCGGUCUGCAGUCCACCGGAGAAGCUAGAACUCUGGAGGCCCUGGAAGAAGGAGGUGGAGAGCUUAAUGACUUUGUAUCAACCGCAAAAGGUGUGCUGCAGUCUCUGGUGGAGAAGCAUUUUCCAGCUCCUGACAGACAAAAACUGUACACCCUGCUGGGCAUCGACCUCUCGGCCAAGAAGACCCCUUUGCCCAGUGACUCUGCAUCCCAGCAAAAGGGAACGAAAAGAAAAGCACUGGAUAUCCAGACGAAACAGAAGAAGAAGCCUCGCAAGCACGGGGGACUGUCAGGCACCAGCUCUGACGAGAGCCAGUCGGAGGAGUCUGACAAAGACUCGGCCAGGGACGGGGACAGCGACGACAGCUUCAAGUCGGUCAGCUCGGCAGACGAGGACGACGACUUCAACCCGUUCAGAGAUGAGUCUGAUGAAGAAGGCGAAGAUGAUCCCUGGCUCGUCCGAAAAGAGCCCAAGAAGAGCAAAGAGAAAAAGAAGAAGAAAAAGUCUAGGAAGAGCAUUGACCCCGAUUCCAUUCAAAGUGCCUUGUUGGCGUCGGGCGUGGGCUCCACCAGACCAGCUUUCACCGCACCUGUCGCCCCUACGCCCAUGCCUACUGCAGUCAAAGCAGAGCCCGAAGACAGCUGCCUGACGAGUCAGGACGCCGUGGAACAUGCUCAGAAGAUGAAGAGGGACCUCCUGGAGAAACUGGAGGAGCUGGCUGAGGAGCUGCCGCCCAACACGCUGGACGAACUCAUCGACGAUCUGGGAGGACCUGAAAAUGUUGCUGAGAUGACUGGUCGCAAAGGCCGCGUGGUCAGCAACGACGACGGCACCAUAACGUACGAGUCUCGCUCGGAGCUGGACGUACCCGUAGAAAUCCUCAACCUGACAGAGAAGCAGCGCUUCAUGGAUGGGGAGAAGCACAUAGCCAUCAUCUCCGAGGCGGCCAGCUCAGGCAUUUCGCUGCAGGCCGACCGCCGGGUCAAGAACCAGCGCCGUAGAGUCCACAUGACGCUGGAGCUGCCGUGGAGCGCCGACCGAGCCAUCCAGCAGUUCGGAAGAACUCACAGGUCCAACCAGGUCACGGCUCCUGAGUAUGUCUUCCUUAUCUCCGAGCUGGCCGGCGAGCAGAGAUUUGCCUCGAUCGUGGCCAAAAGAUUAGAAAGUCUUGGGGCGCUCACGCACGGAGACAGAAGAGCAACAGAAACUCGAGAUCUCAGCAGGUUCAACUUUGACAACAAAUACGGCCGAAAUGCUCUUGAAAUCGUGAUGAAGUCGAUAGUGAAGCUCGACACGCCGCUUGUGUCCCCGCCCUCGGACUUUAAAGGAGAUUUCUUCAAAGAUGUUCAGAGAGGCUUGAUAGGUGUUGGCCUCAUUAAUCUGGAGGACCGAUACAACGCACUGUCGCUAGACAAAGACUAUAACAAUAUUGGGAAGUUCCUGAACCGAAUCCUUGGCAUGGAGGUCCACCAGCAGAAUGCCUUGUUUCAAUACUUCUCUGACACGCUGGCGGCCGUCAUCCAGGAAGCCAAGCGGAGCGGCAGAUUCGACAUGGGCAUUCUCGAUCUCGGCUCUGGUGAUGAGAAGGUGAAGAAGAUGGACUGCAAGAAGUUCCUGACGCCGGGCUACACGGCAUCCGGCCACGUUGAGCUCUUCACGGUAAGCGUGGAGCGAGGGAUGUCCUGGGAGGAUGCGACGCACGCCUGGGCUGAGCAGAACGGACCAGAUGAUGGAUUCUAUGUGCAGUCACGGAACAACAAGAAGACGGCUAUCCUGGUGAAGGAGGUGAAUGCAAAGAAAAGACUCUUUCUGGUCUACCGGCCCAACACGGGCAGGCAGCUAAAGCUGGAGACGUACGCCGAAAUCAAGAAGAAGUUUAAGAAGGUCCUGUCAGAAGAUGCCAAGCAGCACUGGAACGAGCAGCACACAUCGUCGGCGAAGAUCUGUUCGCAUGCUUUCUGGCGGGGCAACUGUAGGAAAGCUUCGAUGGGGCUGCAGUGCGAGAUCGGCCUGCGCUGCCGCACGUACUACGUGCUGUGUGGCUCGGUGCUGAGCGUGUGGAACGAGUUGGAGGAGGUGCUCACGCCCGUCAGCGGCACCAACGUCAAGGUGCAGAUCGUACGCCUGCGCACCGAGGACGGCCAGCGGAUAGUCGGACUGAUCAUUCCGGCCAACUGCGUGUCGCCGCUGAUGCACAAGCUGUCCACGUCGGACCAGUUCCAGCAGCUGGCCGUGCAGGAGCAGCACAAGAGGCAGCAGCUGCACCCCCAAAGUCUGAGCCACGCAGCCAAUACAUAGUGGCAAGAUGAGCGCGUUAAAGCGGACUGGUGUACAUACAGAGGAACUGUUUCAGGGUUUUUUUUUUUUUUAUUAUUAUUCUCUUAAUUUGGAAGACUCGCUAUCACCUCUCCUUCCGACGGGGGUGAUGUUUUUCGUCCUCUGACAUUCAGAGUGGAAGAUGCGCGACGGACACCCCGCCACACUGGAAACUGACCGCUACGUUACAAUCCAAGAAUAAACCCUUCAGACUUUAACGUUGAUCCUUGUUUCAUUUCCCUCGAUUCUCCUUCUCUGUCUGAAAAGCAUCCUGGCUGCGAGGAAUGUUUCGUUUGACGCACGCUACUCAGUACUCAAAAAAAGUUAGGGAUAUUGGGCAUUGGGUUGAAAUUCAAAAUGAAACUAAAAUGGACUGUAACCUUUAGAGGUUAACUUAAUUUCACCUUUAAAGUUUUGAAUGCACGUCCAACUAUUCAGUAUAUUCGACAAGUAUGUUUUUUUAACGCGGUAGGCGUGGGAGAUGGUCUCACCCAGCUCGUCUGUGAAAUUCAGAUUUGUAAACCACUGAUCCCUGUUGAUGGCUGUGUUGCAUCGCUUUGGAUUCCGCUGACCGCUGAGUUAUGGAGUAGAUUAUGAGGAAGAGAUGCCAACAUAGAAGUCGCACAGGUUUAUGUACCUCACACUUGAACAAUAUAUGUAUGGUAUGAACAGUAUGUGUUGUGAUAAUAGAAAUUGUUGCGAUGGUGUGGGGGAAAAAUGACACAGCUCGUUGAGUGAGUGGCGAACUAUGGUCUUUGUGAGAACGGCAAGUUGUACUGAAACAUUCUACAGCUGGACAUUCAAAAGUUUAGAGAAUGUCAAAUUAAGUUUUGUGCAUGUUAGGUUCAUACUGAAACUUCACCCGAAAGCCAAAUAUCCCCAACUUUUUUUGUGAGUAGUGUCGUAAGCUCGUCAAACGCCAGCCUGCCUCAACAUUUAAAACUUACUUCCUGUCUUGACAAGUUGGAUGAAGUGUCGUAAAGUCUGCAUGGAAAAAGGUUGAAACUCCUGACCUGUCCCCAUUUUGUUUUUUUGCCGUCUUCUUCUCAGGUCUUAGGACAUUACAGCUCAUUCCGUGGUCAAAGAUGUUCUCCCUCCCUGCCUUCUUUGUCAACCACUUGUGACCUAGAAGGACAACACCACAUCUGCUAGCGGACAAAUAAAUGAAAUGUUCUUGAUUGAGAGAUGCAACUCAAGCAAAUGUUGAUUUUUGUACAUUUUUGUAUUAAAAAAAAAAGGGUGUCUUGGUAUUUAAAUGACCUGUUCAUAACCUCAAAGAUGUCCUUCUAGUUUGGCCUUUAUGGAAAGCCGUUUGAGCAUUUAUUCGAUAUCUCUGAUCGCCAUCUUAGGUCCAUGUACUAGUAAACUGUUUGCUAACUGGUAAGACAUUUCAGUGCACCAGUACAGCUGUUACUAAUAAUUGCCCCCCCACUACCCCCAACACUAUUAGCCUACUUGUACAUGAUUAGACGUUACUAGUUAACUACUAGAUUCAACUAGUAGUUAUGUCACACUAGUAGCACCAAAAUACCCAAGGUAGUUUCACCUCAGUAAUGUAGUUGUCCUACUGGUGCAGUAAUGUCAUUUAGUGGAAAAAACAUUACUAGUAAGUGGUUCUACUACUGUGCCCUUGUUGUUAUACUAGUGCGCUCAAUUGUCUUUGUGGUGAGGACAAAGAGCGUACUAGUACAUGGACCUGAAACAGGAUAAUUAUGGAGAGCUGUAUAAGAACUUAUACGGACAUCCUUUACAUCCACCUUAGGAUCUAUGUACUUCUAUGCUCUUGGUUCUCAGUCGUAGGGUAACUGCAUCUUACUAGUUAGGCAAAACUGCACUAGUUAACAACUGUGCUACUACUACCUUAGCGAGAUUAAAUUCUAGUUAUUAACAUCUAGUGCUUGACCAGUAGUGCGCCGUUGUCACAAUUUUGCCUCACCGGUAACAUAGUUAUGCUAGUAUGCCAAAGUUUUCCUAGUGAGGACGAGUGACCAUGAGCUGGGUAUCAAGUAUAUUGAAUACAUUUGCAACGCCGAGUAGGGUAUUGAAUAAAUGGUCAAAUGACUUUUCAUAGGCCUUGGGUGAUGUUGCGUUCAUGGUCUGUGGGGGGUUUGGAAUGUCAGCGAAAUCAUUUCUUGCUGACAGCACUCAAUAAAGCUUGAUAUACAGUACUUGUACUUCAA